UGGCCCGACCCCUCCUCAGGGCUCCCACGGCACCCUGAGCACUACCUGCUCUGAGUCUAACUAGCUGGCCAUGUGGCUGCUACCUUCUCUCAUCCAUCCUGGGCCUUGAAGUUAGGCAGACCUGGGGUUUUGAGUCGUGGCCUCCUGGCAGGACCAAGACCUCCCCGCCCUUAGCUUCAGUUUUCCCAUCUCUAACAAAGCUUGUGUACCCCGCAUACAGUACAUCUGGGCCAGGUACCCCAAGGAACAGCUAUUAUUGCACCUACCUUACAGCUGGGGAAACUGAGGCCCAGAGAGAGACAGGAAAUAGCCCAAGGUUACCAAGUCAGCAUCCCCUGGUCCCCAGCCGAGCAUGGUGACAGCCUGUGCCCUCGGCCCCCUCAUGUGGCACAGCUGGAAGAACCGCCAGCCUCGGGCGCCUGUGGCCUACCACGUGAGAGAGUGAGGGAGGGAAGGAGUGGCCUGGCCCAGUCCAGCCCUUCGGAUUGAGGGGGCUUCGCAACAACGGAGUGACCGGAGAGCACGCUGCCGAUCCCUCCCACCAGUUGGCGAAUGAUGGGCGGAGCAACCAGUGACCCUUGUGAGGGUCAUGCAGUAACGACAGGAAACAAGGCAUGAGCAUCCCCCGUAGUCACCUGUAACUUCUUGCUGGAAAUAGAGGUCUGAGCACCUCAAGCCAACCCAGUGGACCCACCUGCCCCCUCCCAGCUGAUGGGGCCACUGGGGCCCCGCGCAGCCACCUGACCACACGGACCCCCCCCUGCCCACCAUGGCUGGCGCCGAAGGCUUCCAGUACCGUGCACUGUACCCGUUCCGCCGGGAGCGGCCAGAAGACCUGGAGCUGUUGCCGGGUGACGUGCUGGUGGUGAGCCGGGCCGCCCUGCAGGGGCUGGGUGUGGCCGAGGGCAGCGAGCGCUGCCCGCAGAACGUGGGCUGGAUACCUGGCCUCAAUGAGCGAACCCGGCAGCGCGGUGACUUCCCUGGUACCUACGUGGAGUUCCUGGGGCCUGUGACCCUGGCCCGGCCUGGCCCUCGCCCCCGCGGCCCCCGCCCACUGCCUGCCAGGCCCCAAGAGGGGCCCCCUGAGCCAGGCCUCACACUCCCUGACCUAUCUGAGCAGUUCUCCCCACCUGAUGUGGCUCCCCCACUGCUGGUAAAGCUUGUGGAGGCCAUUGAGCGGACAGGGCUAGACAGCGAAUCCCUCUACAGGCCCGAGCUGCCGCCCCCGUGCACAGACUGGUCCCUGAGCGACCUAGAGCAGUGGGACUCGGCAGCCCUGGCCGAUGGCAUCAAGGGCUUCCUGCUGGCACUGCCUGCGCCCGUUGUGACGCUGGAAGCGGCUGCAGAGGCCUGCCGUGCCCUGCGAGAGGCCGCGGGGCCCGUGGGGCCAACUCUUGAGCCCCCGACGCUGCCCCUGCACCACGCGCUCACGCUGCGCUUCCUGCUCCAGCACCUGAGCCGGGCGGCCCGGCGCGCCCCUGCCCCAGGUCCUGCUGUGCGCGCCCUGGGCGUCGCCUUCGGGCCUCUGCUGCUGCGCGCGCCGCCUCCCUCGCCGCCACCGCCAGGGGUCCCACCGGUCGGGACUGAGCCCAACCCCGACUUCCCAGCUCUGCUGGUGGAGAAGUUGCUUCAGGAGCACCUGGCGGAGCAGGAGGUCGCACCCCCAGCUCUGCCACCUAAACCACCUAAAGUCAAGCCCGCCCCAGCAGGGCUGGCCAAUGGGGGGAGCCCGCCCUCUCUGCAGGAUGCUGAGUGGUACUGGGGUGACAUUUCCAGGGAGGAGGUGAACGACAAACUCCGGGACACACCUGACGGCACCUUCCUGGUCCGAGAUGCCUCCAGCAAGAUUCAGGGAGAGUAUACCCUGACCCUUAGGAAAGGUGGAAACAACAAGCUAAUUAAGGUCUUCCACCGUGAUGGGCAUUAUGGCUUCUCGGAGCCGCUCACCUUCUGCUCCGUCGUGGACCUCAUCACCCACUACCGCCAUGAGUCCCUGGCCCAGUACAAUGCCAAACUAGACACACGGCUCCUGUACCCCGUGUCCAAGUACCAGCAGGACCAGAUUGUCAAGGAAGACAGCGUGGAGGCAGUGGGCGCCCAGCUCAAAGUCUACCAUCAGCAGUACCAGGACAAGAGCCGCGAGUACGACCAGCUCUACGAGGAGUACACACGCACCUCCCAGGAACUGCAGAUGAAGCGCACCGCAAUCGAGGCCUUCAAUGAAACCAUCAAGAUCUUCGAAGAGCAGGGCCAGACUCAAGAGAAGUGCAGCAAGGAGUAUCUGGAACGCUUCCGGCGUGAGGGCAAUGAGAAGGAGAUGCAGAGGAUCCUGCUGAACUCAGAACGGCUCAAGUCUCGCAUCGCCGAGAUCCACGAGAGCCGCACAAAGCUGGAACAGGAGCUGCGGACACAGGCCUUGGACAACCGGGAGAUCGAUAAGCGCAUGAACAGCCUGAAGCCAGACCUCAUGCAGCUGCGCAAGAUCCGAGACCAGUACUUGGUAUGGCUCACCCAGAAAGGCGCCCGGCAGAAGAAAAUCAACGAGUGGUUGGGAAUCAAAAAUGAGACUGAAGACCAGUACGCACUGAUGGAGGAUGAGGAUGACCUCCCCCACCAUGAGGAACGAACCUGGUAUGUGGGCAAGAUCAACCGCACGCAGGCUGAGGAAAUGCUGAACGGCAAGCGGGAUGGGACCUUCCUCAUCCGUGAGAGCAGCCAGCGGGGCUGCUACGCCUGCUCUGUGGUGGUGGACGGCGAUACCAAGCACUGUGUCAUCUACCGCACGGCCACUGGCUUGGGUUUUGCCGAGCCCUACAACCUGUACGGGUCUCUGAAGGAGCUGGUGCUGCAUUACCAGCACACCUCCCUCGUGCAACACAACGACGCACUUACCGUCACACUGGCACAUCCCGUGCGCGCCCCGGGCCCCGGUCCACCCCCGGCCGCCCGCUGACGCAUACAGAGCAGGACUCCAUUUAUCUGUCUGUGUGUCUUCUUUGUGAAUCUUUCUCUGUCUCAAUCUCUCCCUUGCUUUCUCUGAGUCUCUCUCUUCCUGUCACUCUUUCUACCCCCAUCUCUGUCCUCUCUGUCUCUCUUAGUCUCUGCACCUCUAUGUCUCUGUUAGAGGAGCCUACCUCCUCCAGCCCAAGCCCCCUUUCCCCCUGAGCACUGCCCUCCCCCGGCUCUGGCUGCCCCCACCAGUUCCUACGGUUCCCCCAAGCUCCCCCUGCCUGUACCUGCCAUGUUUACAAAGGCCCCUGGGGUGCUCAGCCCCAGCCUGGUGCCCUGAUUUUUUAAGCCAUAGACCUGGGGUCCGGGCAGGAAGAAGGCAGGAAGGAACUUCGCUGGGCCACUUCCAAGAACCUCAGCUGUGACAUUCGGGGCCGGGCGGGUCCCAAUGCCCCACAGACCCAACUUCCCCUCCAAACCCUGAAGUGAAACCCGCACUGGUUACCCCCUCAUGGAGCUGCUGCCCAGAAGCCCUCCUCCCCCAAAAGCAAAAUGAUUAAAAAUAACCUCAGGAGCGGGGCCCCCUCUGACCCCAGACUUCCCAGGAACCGAGGCUGUGCAGGGACUGCCGGGCCAGCCGAGAGGCACCGCCGCCCACAGCUCCUCCGCUCAAUGCAGUUUCAAGUCUUCUCCUUGAUCGUGUUGGGUUCUGAUUUUGUUUCCUUGACUGUAAACCCAUUUUCUCCUCUUUUGGGACAAGAACCCUGGUUUUCUAUGCUGCCAUGGACACUCCCCGCCCCCCCCCCCUUCCUGCCUGCCCAGCUAGGCUGGCAGGUGGGUUUUGUAUGGUACGUUGAUACUGAUGUGGAUAUAAAACAUGGAACUCAGUGGAUGCUUC